AUGUAUAAUGAUAAUUUAUUGAUUACUAAUGAUUGGAGAUCUAUUACUUAUAAUGUAUCAACAAGCAUGUUUCAAAUUGUGAGUGGUUACAUUUGUACCGAUCUGAUGUCAAUGCUCAAUCUACAUUUCAUGGGUCAAUAUACUGAUAAAUAUCAAACUGCAUCUUAUGGGAUUGCAUGGAUGUUAAUUUAGUUAUUGUUUGUUCCCUUAGGUUUAGGUUAAUAUUAAUGUCUAAUUUAGGCAUUAAUUAAGGACUUAAUAAUUAGGUUUCACAUGCCUUAGGAUAGAAUAAGAUUAAGCUUUCUUAGACUUACUUAAACUUUACAAUUUAUUCCAUAUUAUUUGUAUCCAUACCUUUUUUUCUAUUCAUUUAUAAUACUUAAUAUCUAGUUUAAUUUAUAGUUCAAGAAGAAACAGAAAUAAUAACAUAAUAUGCAUGGUAUAUAAAAUUAAAUAAACAAGCAACUCAGGCAAAUGAUCAUACCUUUAUUUAUAGCAGCAUUUCUACUCCUCUAAAUUGAAUGUUUAAAAUAAUAUCUUGUUGGAUGUAGGAUUUUUCAACCUUUUCCAUUUAUUUAUGCUUCCACUCUCUUAUUUCAUCUACUAGCAUGUGUAUUCCUAUUUCUCAUCUGUAAUCUAGGAUAUAUUGGUUUAUGUUUGUCAAUAAUUUUAAGUGAGGUAAGAAAAUCUUUAAUAUAUUUUCAAGUUGUUUACAUUAUUUUUGUUGAUAAGAUAUAUCUACAAGAAUCCAGAAGUUUAUAAUUUGAUAGCCAAUUUCGAAUUCUCAUGUUAAAUAUUUAAAUUUAGAGAAACAUACAUAAUGUUUAUAAAAGAAUCUAUUCCAUUAAUUCUCCACAUAUAUGCUGACUUUAUCGUUUUUUAUAUAUUAUCAUUUGUGGCUUACUCUUUAGGAGUGAAUUAAGCAAAUGCUCAACUUGCAUUUGCCAAUACUAGUUCUAUCUAUUUCAAAUUCCCAAUUAGCUUAUCAGUAACUUUAAUGUCAUAUGUUGGAAAUAGUUUAAGUAUAAUUUCCUUAUUAAAAGAGGUCAACAUAAAAUCGCUUUGGCUAAAUAAUAUAUCAUAAGUGGUAUGUGUGUCCAAGGAUUAGUACUAAUAUCAUUGGUCAUUGGACUCACUAUAUUUUAAGAUUAAUGGAGUCGCAUUUAUUCAUCUGAUCUUCAGAUAUAAUAAAUUAUGAUAGAGACUCUUCCAUAUUUUCUUAUUGGAAGUGUGUGUUUUGAUGGAAUUCAAGGAGCUUUAUCUGGAGCUUUAAAGGGUGUGAACAAAUCAACAAUUGUAUCUAAUUAAACAAUGAUAUCAUAUUACAUAAUUGGAGUUCCAGUAGUUUUAAUAUUAGCAUAUGUGUUUGAUUUAUAAUUAAUUGGGAUAUGGUUAGGUUUUGGAUUAUGUAAUUUAUAUUUAACAAUCAUUUAUAUUUAUGUUCUUAAAGAUUUAAAUUGGAAUGAAUAAGCUGAUAUGAUAACAUAAAAACUAUUAAAACAUGAAGGAUGUUUAGGGGAUAUAGAUUUACCUUUAAUUAAAAAAUAAUAAGAAUAAUAAUGA